UUGAGCCCCGCGGGCCGCCGUAGUCAGCUGCUGCGAGCAGGAAGUGUCCGGGCAGCGGGCGGGCGGACGGAGGCUGCAGGAUGGCCCCGGACCCCUGGUUCUCCACAUAUGAUGCCACUUGUCAAAUCGCCCAAGAAAUUGCUGAGAAAAUUCAACAACGAAAUCAGUAUGAAAGAAGAGGUGAAAAGGUUCCCAAGCUUACAGUGACAAUCAGAACUUUGUUGCAGAAUCUGAAGGAAAAGAUCGCCCUUUUGAAGGACUUAUUGCUAAGAGCUGUGUCAACACAUCAGAUCACACAGCUGGAAGGGGAUCGAAGACAGAACCUCCUGGAUGACCUUGUAACUCGAGAGAGACUACUUCUGGCUUCCUUUAAGAAUGAGGGUGCAGAGCCAGAUCUAAUCAGGUCCAGCCUGAUGAGUGAAGAGGCUAAGCGAGGAACACCCAAUCCUUGGCUCUUUGAGGAGCCAGAGGAAACCAGAGGCUUGGGCUUUGAUGAAAUUCGACAACAGCAGCAGAAAAUUAUCCAAGAACAGGAUGCAGGCCUUGAUGCCCUUUCCUCUAUCAUAAGUCGUCAAAAGCAAAUGGGGCAGGAAAUUGGAAAUGAAUUGGAUGAACAAAAUGAGAUUAUUGAUGACCUUGCCAAUCUUGUGGAGAACACAGAUGAGAAACUUCGCACUGAAACCAGACGUGUGAACCUGGUGGAGAGAAAGUCAACAUCCUGUGGGAUGAUAAUGGUGAUUUUAUUGCUGCUUGUGGCUAUUGUGGUUGUUGCAGUCUGGCCAACCAACCGAUAGCAAUAAAGGGACCACCCGCUGUGACACCUGCCAGUGACGGAAGAAAGCCCGCACCCUUUUGGUACACAACACCUGCUCUCAAUAAAUUCCUCCAAAGCACCCGGACUCUGGA